AUGGUAGAUAUAAGUGAUUGUUAAGUCACUUGUAUGGCUAUACAUGAUGAUAUUUUAGGAAUUGGAAGUAGAUCAGGUGCACUUGUAAUAUGUCAAUUUACAGACGCAUGGAAUUUAACAUAAAUAAUAUCAAAACAUACAGCAGCUAUUUAAUGUGUAGCAUUUAAACCUGAUUAAAAUUUAUUAGCUACAGGAUCUGAUGAUAAAUCUAUAAUUUUAUGGGAAAUGAAAUAAGGAGAUUAAUUUGAAUUUUUAUAAGAAAUAAAGGAUCAUUAAAGUUAUGUAUUAAGUUUAGCAUUUCAUCCAACAUAUGCUGCAUUUUUAUCAGGAGGAUUAGAUAAUAAAAUGAUAUUAUUUAGUUUAGAUUCAAAAGGUAGAUGGAUUAAAUAUUAAGAGUUGAAUAAAGAUAAUCCAAUUACAGUUAUUCAAUUUCUUAAAGAUAAUUGGAGAUUUUAUAUAGGUACUAGCGUUGGCACAAUUAUUUUAAAUGAAAUAGAACAGUAAUAAUAAUGA